UCUCCUAGCAGUGGCGGUGUGUUUUUUAAGACUUUUCCUUGUUUUUAAAUAUGCAUUUAAACACUUGAAGCCCAGUUUUCAGUGCGUGUUUACACUGCGUGUGAUCGUUAUUACCGUAUUUCGUUUCUGUACACUUGUUGAUCAUUUCUUCAUUUUAUGUGCACUCGGUAAAAGCUAGAACCUUUUUCCACCCGCACACGACGACCGCCAGUAGAGUGAUGUUUUCUUCAUUUAACAGCUGUUAUCAUCACCGUUUCCAAUUGGCUAGAUCCGUUAUAGGUGUGGUCUGGAUGAGCGAUGCUCCGUCCAUUGUUAAACCGAGCAGUUUUAUUUUGAACACUGAGCUGUAAAGAAGCUUGAGCCGUGUGUGAUCCGUAUGUAUGCUGCGGUUAUAAACGUCAUUUACAAAAUGUUGGGGUAAAAAAAAAGUGCACUUGUUCGAGGAAUUUUUCUCUUCUUCUUUUGUGUGUGUUUUGUGUUAAAUUUCCACCUGUGGCAGGAUUGAAGACAUCACCAGCUCACUGUAAGGAAUUAAACGAAAGCUGUGGUCGAUCAAUCUCUGCAACUUGGUUUGAAGUCCGAUUGAAGUUUGGGAGAAAGUGGAGCAUUAAUUAAGCAAAACGAGGAUCGACACGCGAGUCCUUUCCCCCCCAAGCCAUGAUCACUGGUACCGUGCGCUCCUCGCGGUGUGCGUAAGCUGCUGUGGAGAAUCUUCACAUUAUGAGACGCCAUGGCAUGGUGUGACCGAGGGGUUCAGACUUUGCUGGCUAUUGUGGGGGCCUUCGCCGCCUUUAGCCUCAUGACCAUCGCCAUCGGCACCGACUACUGGCUUUAUUCCCGAGCCUAUAUUUGCAAUGCAACUAAUGCCACAACCGACGAAACCCAGAUGCAAACCAAGAAAGUCAAAGGGGACCUGACGCACUCCGGGCUGUGGAGGAUUUGCUGCAUCGAAGGUAUCAACAAAGGAAGCUGUUUUCGGAUCAAUCAUUUUCCAGAGGAUAACGACUACGAUACAGACAGCUCAGAGUACAUCUUACGUAUAGUUCGUGCAUCAAGCCUGUUUCCAAUUCUCAGCACCAUCCUUCUGAUGUUGGGUGGCCUGUGUGUUGGAAUUGGACGCAUCUACAGCAGCAAGAACAACAUCCUGCUCAGUGCAGGCAUCCUGUUUGUAGCUGCAGGCCUGAGCAACAUCAUUGGCAUCAUCGUCUACAUCUCCAGCAAUGCCGGCGACCCGAGCGACAAGAAAGAUGAGGACAAGAAGAACCAGUACAGCUAUGGUUGGUCUUUCUACUUCGGUGCCCUCUCCUUCAUUGUAGCAGAGUCAGUGGGCGUUCUUGCAGUCAACAUUUAUAUUGAGAAAAACAAAGAGACGCGCUUCCGAUCCAAACGUGACUUCAUCAAAACCACCUCAUCCUCUUCGCCGUACUCUCGCAUACCAAGUUACCGCUACAGGCGGAGGCGAUCGCGUUCCAGUUCCAGGUCAAGUGACCCAUCUCGUGAGCCCUCCCCAGUGGGAAUGAAGAUUGGCGGAGGAAUUGGAGGGGGACCAGGGCUGGGGCUGAAUUUGCCAGUAGGCGGUAUAUCCCUUUAUUCCCUGAGCAGGGACCCUUUGAAGGGUGGAAGUGGUACUGCAGGGCCCUACAGCCCAGAGCGGGAUUCCAGGUUUUUACAAGUUCACAACUGCUUCCAGAAAGAUGUGAAGGAUGGAGGAAACAGGAGAACCACUCCAGUAUGAGGUCAGGAGUGUAUCCAACAUUAAACUUGAUGGUACACAUUAGAUGUUUACAGUUGAUGAGAAAGGGUAUUUUCUCCCCAGGACUGUUUUUGGCAGCGGCAGCAAUGAAAGGUCCAAGUUUAGAGUUGCUUUUCUCACAUCCCUCUGUGACAGAAAAACACCAGUAUUUCAUUUGGUGAGAGAGAAAAAUGACUUUUAAUGAUUGUGGUUGCCACAAUUUUGUAGCAAUAUUUGAAGAGUUUGGUUUUUGAAAAAUAUAAUGCUUAAAAUCUGGAAGGAAUAUUCUGCUCUUACAGAAAGAAAUGUGCCCGUCCUAGUAUUCUGUAAA